AUGUCCGUGCCAUUGUUGAAUCGCUUACUAAAUUUUAAAGAAUCUUUUGGAUUUAUUGUUAUCGAAGACACAAUAUUACAAUCAGGAUACUUACUAUUAAAGGAAUUCGUAAAAAAAAUAUCAGAGAAUAAUAAACAAAAUAUCAUAAUUUUUUGUAUCGAAUCCUCUCCUCAAUAUUUUCUUGAAAGUGUGGCAUCGAAUAAAAAUGUCAUAUUUCUUGACGCAUAUUCCCGUCUUGGAUCGUAUGAAAGUGAUGACACGGAUGACAUUGCUCCAAAUUCCAAUUUCACGUUGAUUAUAGAUUCACUUACUCCUAUACUUUUAACUUCCAUAUCAUCAACGUUUACUUUUUUAAAAAAGAUAUCAUCCGGGUUAACUUCAGAAAUGAAUACAUUUAGAGCAAUAGCAGUUUACCAUUCCGACAUUCCAACAUAUCCGGUAAAUGGGAUAACCGGUAUGCUAAAUGUUCGGAGCACUGUUUUAAGUCAUUUUGCAACCACAACCAUAGCUAUCAAAAAUAUGGAACAAACUCGUAAAGAGUCUAUUUAUGAGUAUUCUAAAGGCACCGAUGCUAUGGUAAAUGUACAUAUGAAUUCACCAGAAUGUAGUAUUUGCUUGAUAGAACAUAGAAAAAGAUCAGGAAAAGUAUUUUAUGAGAGAAAUGUAUAUCAUAUAGAUGAAUCUACAAAUGAUCUAAUAAUUCAAUUUGCAAAAGAAAUAACUGAUGAUAUAAAUGUUAAGGACAACAAUAAUCCUGAUCCAACAAUAGCGAACACGUUAUUCAAUUUAUCACUAACUGAAGAACAGAAAAAAGCAAAAAAUGAUGUAAUUUUGCCAUAUACAAAAGUGCAAGAUCAAUAUGAAGAAAAAAAGGUCGAUUCUAGUGGUGGGAUUAUCUUUUAUGAACCUGAUGCUAAUGAUGAUUUUGACGAAGAGGAUCCAGAUGAUGACUUAUCUAUAUAA